AGUAUGCACCUCUGCGACUGUGUUCUCAGUAAUACGGUAUUUUACUGCGGGUCACUUGCCGUAUCUUAGGGGAGGUUGCUGUGAUGUUCGGUCAUGUUAGCGAGGAACGGAAAUCGACCGCAAGUAAGUACAUCAGUGGAGAAACAGACCACAAGGACUGAGCUGAAACUCUUACCACUCUGUGGACAAGAAGAAGAACCAAUAGCUGACUCAUUUUCCACAAGGCUAUCAGAUCACAGCCAUUUAUUCAGCCACAGUCAUUACCUUUCACUGCUGUGGUAAGUGCUAGUGGACUGCUAUAUCAUAUUGGGACACUGUAAAUGUUGACCUAAAUCCUCCAGAGCAGAUUCUUUUUGACUUUUUUUUUGUCAUCACAUGACAAAUUCCCCAAUGCCUCGAUGGAAAGUGUUCUUGAGCCAGUACCUGCGAUGGUCCAGCACAGUCACUCAAGCCUUCGCCCUGUCCAUCAUCACAUUUUGUGUCAUAUUUCCUCUGUGCUGCCAUCGUCUGCUGUACUCUUACUACUUCAUUAAGUCCAUGUACCUCGAUUCUAUGAGCGAAGUGGUGCUGCGGGAAAGCCUAGAUCGAGGUCAGGAGGCUCUGCACUUCUGGCAGAGCUCUUCAACUGCAGCAACGUCCAGAUUCAACAACUUCACUCAACAUCCUGAACUGCUGGUCACUGUGGUAACAGCCAGGCGGAAGGAGGCACGGGACUACCACUACCUGCUCCAGGUAAUGCUGCAGCUGAGUAACAUUGUGGGAAGCUGUGGGGAGCAGAAGUGCGCGGAGGUGCUGGUCUGUGAUGUGGAGAGUGGCCCGCAGGAAAACCAAGAUGCCAAGGUGCUGGAGAGCCACUUCAGGGUGGUCCGGCGUUCACCUCAGGAGCAGCAGAGCAUACAGGAGCGAAUUAAUACCUUUGAAAAGGAGAAGAGGGAUUAUGUCUUUUGUCUCCGCAGAGGCUGGGAGCUGGUGAAGCCUAAAAAUAUUGUCGUUCUAGAAGAUGAUGCUUUGCCAAGAAAUGACUUUUUCAUUGUUAUAAAGGAUUUGUUGUCACGUAGGUUUGCUCUUCACACUCUUUACAUCAAGCUAUAUCAUCCUGAAAGGCUACAACGCUACUGGAACCCUGAGCCAUACCGCAUUCUGGAGUGGGUGGGGCUGGGAUUGGUUGGCGCAACGGCUCUCCUCCUCAGCUUUCCUUACUGGAACCCUUGUUCUUUCUCGUUCACCCUGUCCGCUACCCAUCUCCUCUUUUUCACUCUAUACUUUAUGACCGCUGCAGAGUUGUUGGGGCGGCAUUACCUUCUAGAAGUCCGGAGAAUUUCCCCACAGCUGUAUGCCGUCUCGCCAGCUACCGAGUGCUGCACCCCAGCCAUGUUGUUCCCUGGCAAUGCCUCAUUAAGGGUGGCUGAGUAUCUAGACAGUUCAUUCUGCUACAAAGGGCAUGCUAAAGACAUUGUUCUGUAUCAAGUGGCCAGGACAGUCCCUGGGCAGAGGUCCCAUAGUGUAGAACCCAACCUCAUCAGUCACAUUGGGGCUUAUUCCUCAGUCAGAGCUAACCCAUCCAGGCCCAAGCUCCUCUAACAGAAGAAGAAGAAGAACUUCUGACUGCAAGGUUCACUUUAAUCUGGUUUCUCCUUCCUGGGUUUUGAUUUUUUACCAUCUUCUAGACUCUUUAGAAAUCUUAACAAAUUACUCAGUGAAUGUUGGUUUGGUGAUUUGCAUUGAAAACUAUCAAGGGAUUAGAUCGAUAUAUUAGUAGAUGUCUACGUUCCAGCUUGUAGACGCACAUGCGUUUUUAGUUCUCCAUCUCUCUGAUAUACAUUUAUUUUAAUCCACCCUGCACAAAUUGUGUAAAAGGUGGUGAUGGUUUUUCUUCAGAAGAGGUUGAAAACCACACAAAUUAAUGCAGGAAAAUAGCAUGUCCUAAAUUAUUUUAUAUAGAAAUGUUAGAUGGCAGAAAAUGUUACUUUUGACCCAUACCUUGAAAGCCUCUGCCACUUCUUUAUUGCCAAAUCAUCUAACCCACUCUCACUGAGCUGUGUGGGACCCUUCUGG